CUUAGUUGCCGCGCACCGCGAUGAGGAAGACCUGAGCGAAACAGAGCCCAUUGGGCUGGCUCGACGUCAAAUGUUGUGUAGAAAAGUAGCUCCGCUAGUAGUUGGGACGUCGUCAGUGUAGAACUUUUGUUCGUUAGUUUUUCUCCCUCUUUCAUCACAGGAGAAACGCCACAAGAUGCUUUCGGAAGUCCCGUGGUAUGACUUCUUUGACGUUCUGGCUCGCCAGGCGCCGGACGACGCGGAUGCAAUUGUGGAGGCGAAAGCGCGGCUGGAAAAGCAGCGUAUUGCGACCGUGGCCCGGCUUGCUUCUCUCUCCGACGCGCACUGGCAGCGUAUCGACAUUGAAAUCGGGGUCGAGGCCUUGAUUCGCAGCACUCUGGAAGAACUACAAAACCGCUCUGCGGCGGAGGAGAGCGUCGACCACGCUGGAUUGUUGCAGGAACGCCAUACUGGAGGUGGACAAUCAGGUGCUGGCGCAGCAGACGCAGAGCUUCGUCUUCGCAAGCCACAUAUGAACCGUUCAACACAACGGGGUGGAACUCGUACAACCGGCACAACUUUGUUGGAGCAUGAUGAGCGGAACGAGGUUAACAUGCUUUCUUCGAGCUACAACGGAAUUACGUACGAGAAAAAGUUCGAUUUUUCUUCAUCUUCAACCUCCACAUCCAGUACUGCUGCGGCCGCUACGCAGCUCUUCUCCGACGCGGAGCAACAGCAACUGCUGCUUUCCCAAGAAUCGGACCUUCGGGCUGGAAAAAGUGGCUUCGAUUUCCAUUCUAAUACCGCACGACCAGGAGCUGCUGCUCGCGAGGAAGGUCAUGAUCUUGAUCAAUCCGGCCACCUCCAAACUGGAACGAUGAAUACAACAGCGCCACCGUUCCAGCUAGAGCCGCCAGAAAAUCUCGAAGAGCUGUGGGAGAACCUGCUCCUGGAAACCCUUCCCCCGGACAAGCGCGACGUGUUGCAGCAGCAGUGGGUAGACACACCAACCGUCGAGGAGAAAUUUAUGAUGCUACUCGAGUAUAAAAUCCAGAAUUUUUGUGCAUGUACCUAGUGUCCUGAUUGUCGGUUCUGUUUGAAGAUUUAGUUCUUUUAAUAUUUGUUUUGAAGGAGCAUCACGACAUGGUGUCGUGUCCUUGCCUUCACGAACAAUCCAAAAUCUCGCAGGUACAAUUCUUACCUACGUCGGCCGCAUGUGAGUCCGGAAGAGCGCGCUGAGCGACGGAAGCAAUUGGCGCCGUUGCUUGCGCAUUACGGCAUUCCAGCGGACGAAUUUGACCAGCAAAACGAAGACUCGGAUGAGUAUGGGUCAGGAUUGAAAGGAAGGUCGGAUACUUUCUUCGCCCGGAAUCUGGGUUUUUUUCUCGCCUUGUGCUUCGGUCUUCUUCUGAGCAGUGUUGCGUACGUGGCGAUUUACGGGCUGCCGACGGAAGUCGGGCGAUUGAAUCCGUUUGGUGGACGAGAGGGAGUUGGGAAAACGUCUAGAAGUCAGUUGAGGUCGCGGCAAAACCUCAGACCGUUUCAGGGUAUCCACGAGGAACAGCUAUAAAAUCAUGAUGUAGAUGUACGCCACAGCUCGCGCUCGGUGCUGUCAGAAUCAGGAUGACACCUGCGAAAAAUUUUCUUCAAUUUUGUUGAAAAAACAGAAGGAAAAAUAGCUUCACCAGGAGUAGGAACGACGACGUAAGAGGCCAGUUCAAAAGGAACCCGAGGGUGAUCAGUGCGUUACAUAUUUGCGUAAAAGACAAUAUGUAAAGAACAAGUGUGCUUUUUUACCAAGCUGACCCGUGGAGCGCGACUAAAGUGGG